AUCAGUCCUCAUUAGAAAAGCCGUCGGGGUGGAGUAGCUCUGAAAACAAAACCAAUGUAUAAGAUGGGAGCUCGGCGUCAGUAAGCGAUAGAAUUAUGAACUGUCACACAUCACUCGCCACUUCUCUUGCGUCGUCUAACCUGUGGACUUAGUAAGCCAACAAACUGCCGGGCAGAUUUGGGCUUUAUGGCAGGUCUGAUUUAUCUAGUGCUCCGAUUUUCGGGCUCUGCUGGUCGGACAUACGGAGUGUUUUGCAAAGGUUUGACGAGGACUUUGUUGAUAUUUUUUGAUCUAGCGUGGCGGCUGAGAAUAAGAUUCCCCUAUAUCUACCUUGUAGCCUCCAUGAUGUUUAAUGUCAGAUUACAGGUCCACAUUGAAAUCCACUGAAUCCACAAUUCCUGCAUUUCGAUUUAUGACAAUGAAUACUAAGCACUGCCAUGCAAGACACACAAAACACUGGCUGACCCUGCACAGUGAUGUGGAGGGAGGGGACACUAUCCUGCAAGCUGGUGUGACAAUGCAAUAAAGUUAUGCUGCAGCUUGUUUCUGGCGGUUGUUUUCACACGAGCGCGCCAUGCCUUUUCAGGCAAAGGGCAGGAGUGAUGUCUGCUAAAAUGAGACGAGAUGAGGAGUCAAACAUAGAGGUGACAGUGGUCCUGAUCCUAGGGUUGCCUGCUCAUCCAGAUUGUGAAGAUUUUUUUACCCAGCCUUUUCUCUUAAGAGCGUGAGGACCAGCAUGGAGUAAAACGAAAUCCAGUGAUUGUUGCUGUGAACUUUUUUUUUUUUUUUUUUUUUUUUUUUUUUUUUGCUACUGUUAAUUGUCUGACAUUUAUGUUUGUUAGUCACUCAGUGUAGCACCUCACAGCCAAAACAGACUUUUCACUUUAAUUUAAAAAGGAAAUAUUUCUCAGCAUGACAUAUAAACAAGCAUGAUUAAUUUGUUUUCAUUUUCUCUUCUUGGACACUUUAUUUGAGGUUGAGGUUUUGUUUUAGAGAAUGACAGCUCAGCGGCUGCCAACUGGAAAUCUUACAAGUGCAGUAUAAGCAGAAAUCACUGCGUGUCUGUGUUUUUACACACAAGUAAUCACACUGACUGUUGUGUUUCUGCAUAUGACUAGGACUGGAGAGGUUAUAUUAGUGAAAACUGUUACCUUGAAAAAAAUGUACACACACAUAUAGCUGCAUUUGUCUCAAGAUUUAAUUUCAGUGACAUGAUUAAAUGGCGGGGAUUGAAAUCAGAAAACUGAUGGAGAGAGUGAUUUAAUACUGGAAGGAAUAAAUGAAUGAAAACAA